GGGCGGGCCGCCGGGCCGCGCCGCGUCUUGGGCGCGCGGCGCCGCGACCGCGCGCCAGCGGGCGGCGCGGCGCGCCCGCGGCUCGUGGGGCGCCCUUCUGCCGGCGAGGGGAUGCGCUGAGGGCCGUCGCCGCUGGUCGCCUGCCCGCAGGGGACCCCCCGCACGGCGAGGAGCUCCCGCGCGGCGUGCCGGCGUGGCGUCGGCGCCAUGCGCGCCAGCUUCCCGGCCCGCACGGGCUCCCUGACGCCUGCGCGCCCCGGCACGGCCACGCCGAUGCUGCCGGGAGGCCCGCCGCUGCGCAUGGCACCCGCGGUGCAGAUGCCAGUGGUGCGGAUGAGCACCAUGCCGGUGCCGCGGGCCCAGACCGAGGUGCACACGCCAGUGCUUCGUGCCACACCGCCGACGAUGUCGGUGCUGAGGGGCGCGGUGCCCGCUGGCCGCCAUACCGUUGCCGCGCCGCCAACGCGCGGCCCGUCGCUGCUGGCGGCCGCGGAGCCGUCGGCGGAGUCCACGCUCGCCGGGAGCCGUUCGAUCCACGAGAUGGUGCGCCCGAUCAUCAGGGAGGUCUACAAGGACAUACCGAAGGAGGUCAUUGAGCAGCACACGAUCGUUCAGCAGAAGCCCGAGAUCCGCAUUCGCGAGAAGAUCGUGGAGAUCCCCGAGUACCGCGUCUCCGAGACAGUCGAGGAGGUCCCGGCCCAGAUCAGACAGGACUUCCGAGUGCCUCAGGUUCAAGUCGUGGAGAUGGUCAAGCAGGUGGCCAAGACCGACUACCGCGAAGCGGUCAAGGAGGUCGUUGUGCAGGUGCCGCAGCCAGUGCAGAGAAUGGUGGAGGUUCCCCACGUGGUGCACCAGGAGGUGAUGGUGGAGAUGCCGCAGACGCAGGUCGUCGACCUCGUCAAGCAGGUGGCGAGGGUGGUGAGCCAGCAGGUGCAGAAGCAGGUGCCCGCGCCCGUGCUCCAGUACCGCGAGCGCAUGGUGGAGGUGCCGCAG